AUGAAUAAAGAAAAUGAAACUCGAGUUUCAACAGAAUCUAAUGAAUUAAAUAUUUCCGAUAAAAAUUCUAACAUCAACCUUGAAAAUUGUUGUUAUUAUUGUAAUAGACCAUUUACCAAAGAAUUAUGGUAUGAAGAAUGUGACCCAUUUAGAAUGAUUGAAGGACCAGUGGAAAUAAUGAUAUUGAUAGAUUUAUCAAAGAUACAAUUUAUUAGAUAUACUUCAAUUUAUUACGUAAAAAAUGAUGAGAGAUUUCUUGAAUGGAUAACAUUUGAUAAAUUUGAAGAUAUAAAGCAAGUUGGUGAAGGCGCAUUUUCCAAAGUAUAUUCUACAAUAUGGACUAAUUGCAAAACAAAAUAUUCUAAACAAGAUGAUGGAAGUUGGAAAAAAGAAGAAUCAAAUCCUAUAAAGCUUAAAGUACAUUGGAAUUCAAGUAGAACCUCAUUAACUUUUUAUGGUAUGACUAAAGAUCCAGAGACUAAAGAAUUUAUGAUGGUUUUAAAAUUUGCAAAUCAAGGAAAUUUGAGAAGUUUUUUCUCAAAUAAUUUUAACAACAUUUUAUGGGAAGAUAAAAUUAAUUAUUUGUAUUGUUUAAUAUAUGAUCUUGAAAAUUUACAUAAUAUUGGAUAUUAUCAUAAAAAUUUACAUAGUGGAAAUAUAUUACAAAUCGAUAAUAUACCUUAUAUUUCAGAUUUUAGAAUAUCUGAACCAUUAUUUAAACAAAAAUCUGAUGAUAAAAUAUGUGGAGUAUUACCAUGUAUUGCCCCGGAAGUUUUGAAUGAAGAAUCAUAUACAUUUCUUAGAAAACAUGAUGCUAACUUAGCAUUAGAAAUAUAUAAUGGGAUUAGACCAGAAUUUGGAAAAGGAACUCCUGAAAUUUAUAAGGAACUAGCUUACAAAUGUAUGAAUGUUGAUUCAAAUCAAAGACCAACAGCCAAUGAAUUGCGUAAUAUUUUAAUUUUUUGGUACUGUUCUUCUCAUGGUGAUAAAGAAUUUCAAGAAGAAGAAAAAUUUGGAUAUAAAGGAAAAGAUAUUAAGGCUAUGUUUGAAGAAGCUGAUAAAGAAAUACUAAAUAUUUCGACUUCAUAUGAAAAAAACCCUGGUGCUAUAUAUUCUAGUAAAGUAUUUACUUUUAACAAUUUAAAAAAUCUAAAUUAG